AUGGCCGCACACCUGCCACAGGAGUCCGAGGAGCCUCUGCCCGUGUGCCUGGGGACGCUGGGCGCAGGCAGCCCCCGGUCCCGGCCCGAGCUCGGUGGGGUCUUCAGCUGUGUGGAGGACGCCUUUGAGAACAAGAUGCUACAGCAAGAUGCUCUGGGCGGUGAGGCAGCGGAGCCGGUCUCGGACUCUGCCUGGGGGGCAGCGGGCCGCGCACUGACGGGGCCCUUUGUUGGCACCGCCCGCCUGGCCUCGGCGGCGCCCGGAGCUCUUGUUCUGAGACAAAGCGACUCAGCCCUGGCCGCUCAGCCCAGGACCGCUCCAUGGAUCCGGGGUUCGCAGACCCCGGGGAGGCGAGCUAGCUGUUUGCGGAGCGGGCUCCCCAGCAGCCCCAGCCCUCGGGAGAGGACCCCCCAACAGCCACACGCACCGAGUGACCGCCUUGUGAUCAGGGGCGGGAAGGUGGUGAAUGACGACCAGUCCUUUUACGCCGACGUGUACGUGGAAGACGGCCUCAUAAAGCAAAUCGGAGAGAACCUCGUCGUCCCUGGGGACAUCAGGACGAUCGACGCCCACGGCCUGAUGGUUCUGCCCGGUGGAGUGGACGUCCACACUAGGCUGCAGAUGCCUGUCCUGGGCAUGACCCCGGCUGAUGACUUCUGUCAAGGCACCAAGGCAGCCCUCGCGGGAGGUACCACCAUGAUACUGGACCACGUGUGCCCUGACGCGGGUGUGAGCCUGCUGGCGGCCUUCGAGCAGUGGCGGGAGCGAGCGGACAGCGGGGCCUGCUGCGACUACUCCCUGCACGUGGACGUCCCCCGCUGGCACGAGAGCAUCAGGGAGGAGCUGGAGGCCCUGGUCAGGGACAAGGGCGUGAACUCCUUCCUGGUCUUCAUGGCGUACAAAGACAGGUGCCAGUGCACCGACGGCCAGAUGUAUGAGGUCUUCAGCAUCAUCCGGGACCUGGGAGCCGUGGCCCAAGUGCACGCAGAGAACGGGGACAUCGUGGAGGAGGAGCAGAAGCGGCUGCUGGAGCUUGGCAUCGCCGGCCCUGAGGGCCAUGUGCUCAGCCGCCCCGAGGAGGUGGAAGCUGAGGCCGUGUACCGUGCCGUCACUGUCGCCAAGCAGGCCAACUGUCCCCUGUAUGUCACCAAAGUGAUGAGCAAGAGUGCGGCCGACGUGAUUGCCCAAGCCAGGCGCCGGGGGGUGGUCGUGUUUGGGGAACCCAUCACCGCCAGCCUGGGCACCGACGGCUCGCACUACUGGAGCCAGAACUGGGCAAAGGCCGCGGCCUUCGUCACGUCGCCCCCCAUCAACCCGGACCCCACCACUGCGGACCACCUCAGCUCCCUGCUGUCCAGCGGGGACCUCCAGGUGACUGGCAGCGCCCACUGCACCUUCACCACUGCCCAGAAGGCUGUUGGCAAAGACGACUUCACGCUCAUCCCCGAGGGCACCAACGGCGUGGAGGAGCGCAUGUCGGUGGUCUGGGAGAAGUGUGUGGCCUCGGGGAAAAUGGACGAGAACGACUUUGUUGCUGUGACGAGUACAAAUGCAGCCAAAAUCUUCAAUUUUUACCCGAGGAAGGGGCGGGUGGCUGUGGGCUCUGACGCCGACCUUGUCAUCUGGAACCCCAAGGCCACGAAAAUCAUCUCUGCCAAGAGCCACAACCUGAAUGUGGAGUACAACGUGUUUGAAGGCGUCGAGUGCCGGGGAGCCCCCGUGGUGGUCAUCAGUCAGGGCAGGGUUGUGCUGGAGGACGGGAACUUGUCGGUCACCCCAGGGGCUGGCCGCUUCGUCCCUCGGAAGACGUUCCCGGACUUUGUCUACAAGAGGAUCAAGGCGCGCAACAGGCUGGCCGAGAUCCACGGCGUGCCCCGAGGCCUCUAUGACGGGCCGGUCCACGAGGUGAUGGUGCCCGCCAAGACCGGGGGCGGUGCCCAGGCGCGCGCGUCCUGCGCGGGGAAGAUCCCAGUGCCCCCCGUGCGCAACCUGCACCAGUCGGGGUUCAGCCUGUCGGGUUCUCAGGCCGACGACCACAUCGCCAGACGCACGGCGCAGAAGAUCAUGGCGCCCCCUGGCGGGCGCUCCAACAUCACCUCGCUGUCCUAGACCCCCGGGCGCGCGCUGCUCUCCCCUGCCAAACCGACUUUGAAAGGUGCUUGGCCUUCCUUCCCCUCUCCAGAAACCGCCUUUCGGGCCCGGGGCCUGUUUCGAGAGCCCCGCCAGGAGACGGCUGCGUCUUCACAGCCAGGCGGCACUGGUGGCCCCGCCCCAGGGGGUGCUGGGUGCCCCGGGAAGGCAAGCCCGCCGCCCAGCAGCGGCUGUGGGAACCAGGGCCUCACGACACACGGGGCAGGCUGAGAGGCUGGGCUUCUGCUCCCUUCCCGUGUGAAGCCCGGCCCCUUGAAGCCCGCCUCGGCCACCUGUAGAGCUGCAGCCUGUCCCCGUCCCCCACCCGGGGCUGCUGUGACUUCAGGGACCCAUCGGGAAUCAGCGCAGGGUGGCUUCGGGUGGGGGUCCUGCAGCCGCGUGGGCACACUUCUCCAGGGACCAGACCCCGCCUCCGGGGGAGCUGGGGGCCCUUUAGCUAGGACGUGCUCCUUCUGCUACUCAGCGUGCAUUCCAGUAGUUUAUUAGAGCAGCGGUUUUGUGCAGUGACGACAGCUGUGGCCAGGACUCUGCAUGCCCCAGGGGCCCGACCGCGACACUGUCACCUGGUCUGAUGGAGACUGCGUCAAUUAAAGGCGUCUGCAUCGGAA